CAACGAUAGUGACUUCCCUUUUAUAGUAAAAGCGUUACCGGUACGGUAAAGUGUUUUUUGGGUGUUGUCCGGGUAACCUGAAUAUAACGGAGGGGCAGCAGUGACCGAGUCACCAUGGCAGAACUGUAUACCAAGGCUGUGAAGUUUUACGAUGAGACGCUAGGAAAAUAUGAAGAUCCACGUGUUGAGGACUGGUUUAUGAUGUCAUCACCAAUACCCAGCUUUUUGAUCUGUAUGCUCUAUGUGGUCAUCAUUAAGCUGGGCCCAUGGCUUAUGAAAGACAGGGAACCAUUUUGUCUCAGGAAAAUUCUGCUUGUUUACAACUUUGCUAUGGUGUUCCUCUCAACUUUUUGCUUUCUUGAGUAUGGGUUGUCUGGCUGGUUCACCGGAUACUCUUUAGGCUGUCAAGAAGUGGAUUACUCCAAUUCACCAAAGGCUCUAAGGAUGGCUAAUGUGUGUUGGUGGUUUUAUUUUUCCAAGUUCAUUGAACUGCUAGAUACCAUUUUCUUUGUGUUGAGGAAGAAGUUUAAUCAGUGUACAUUUCUACACGUGUUCCAUCACGCCAUCAUGCCAGUUUCCUGGUGGUUUGGGGUGCGGUUUGUCGCAGGAGGUUUUGGCACGUUCCACGCAAUGCUGAACUCUUUUAUACACAUGGUGAUGUACUUUUACUACUUCCUGUCCGCCCUGGGACCAAAAUACCAGAAGUACCUGUGGUGGAAGAGGUACAUGACCAAAAUGCAAAUAAUUCAGUUUCUGGUAGUGACCAUCCAUUCUGUACAGCUGCUAUGGAUGAAAAACUGCAACUACCCUACAGUCUUUGUAUAUUGGAUCCUAUCUUAUGCUCUUAUAUUCCUCAUUAUGUUCGGGAACUUCUACGUUCAAGCAUAUCGGAAGAGUCAUAAAGAUAGCCAUACAGGCAACGGGUCUACUGUAACCAAUGGAAAACAGAAGAAACAUUGAUAACGGUUGUUUUGUAGGGUUUAUUCGUUCACACUUUUGCUUGGCAUCUUAAGGACUUCUUAAGGAAACAAAACUGUGUGUAGUUUUGAUAUCUUCAGGAAAAUAAUAUUUUAUUGUUUGAAUCUUAGGGAAGAAAUGUUUGCUUUUAUUUCCUUUCAAAAUUUUAGUAGAUAAAAUAGUCUAAAACUGAACCAAACGUUCAAUUUAUGCCAGAUAAAUCUUAUGUUUACGGUCAGGUCCCAAGUUCAGAAUCUACCUACAUAUUGGGCAGGUAAAAACAAACACAGUGCCAUAAGAAACAUAAUCUUGUUCUCUUUACACCAAAUGUAUAUGCAAAUCAUAGAGAAAACACCAUACACAUUAAUAUGUCCAUACAACAAUUAAUUGAACUUCUCACGGGGAUUAGAAAAUAACUUGUGGUUCGGGUUACCCGACCCUAGCUAUGAAAAAGAGGCUGACCCUACCGUUUUUAUAGUCCAUCGAUUACAAAAAUACACACCAUAAAACAAAACAAUCUAGAAAAUGUGUGUUUUAAUACCAGUAUGCAGUUUUAAAAAGGUUUCUACUGAAGAUUACUUUUCCCUCAAAGAUGGCAAUAACGAUCAAAUCUACAGACAAGAUGUAACCUUAACUACACAGUUUAUUCUUUUAAUAUAUUUUUACUCCCGUUACACAUUGUGUUAGAGAGCUAUAGGAAAUGAUAUUUUUUGCUUAAUUUAGAUAUUUUGUUAAAUGUUUUUGUUUGUUUUUACCUUUUUAAGGCUUAACAUGUGGUAUAAACUUAAUUGUUAAGCCGUUACAUUUGCAGCAUGAUCUACAGUCAAACCCCGUUAGCAUGAACUCGCUUGGCUUGAAUUCCCCGUUGGCUUAAAUGUAGAGGACUGAUUUCUUUAAACUUAAUGUUAUCAAUCCUGCUUUGCUCGAAUUUUCCGAGGCUCCGUGUAAUUUCGCCGGUCCCUGGGAGUUCAAGCCAACAGGGUUCGACUGUGUUUGUAUUCAUAGUUUAGGGCUUACAAAGUAACCAAUCAAUGCUUAGUUUUACAUAUCCUUGAUUUUGUUAAUUAUACAAAGUAGUCAAUAAAUGUCCAGUUUAUUAAAUAGUCAUUUGGAACACCUCUGCAAUUAUCCAUUGAAAACAUCUCAAAUGUAUGCUGGUACAUGAAUAGGAGUAGUUUGCAAAAUUUUAGAUAAUAGUAUAAAUUUAUUGUUGUCUUUUUAUGUGUAUUUUAUAUUACUAAACUUAAAGAGAUUGCAGUAAUAAUUGCAUAAAAACAUUUUGUUUUAAGGAUUUAAGUCACCUAGUUUAAUUGCUAAAUUGAAAUAACUACGCGAUUUACUUGCAGCAUAGUUGCAUGUAAAGAUUUCUGACAUUGUAACCUGUCCAUAUACAUCAAAGGUUGUUUUCGAUGGAAAAUGUUCGAGGUUUUCCGCAUGAUAAAAAGGACAUGACAUAUUAUGUGAUCUCCUUACCUGUUUUGUGUGAUUUGAUUGAACUGUACUCCCCCCCCUCCCCCAACCUUACACUUAAUGUACACUUGUGUAUUAAAAGAUAAGAAUGUUUGGUAUGAGUGUUAAGUUAAGUUUAAAUUAUGUUGUAAACUUUCAAUGCAAACAGCAACUUUUAAAAUGCUAAUAAUACAUGUUGUAUUAUCUUUGUACUCCUGAAAAAAUUGUUACGAUAUCUUAUAUCAAAUACCAAGACGGCGUGUCGGGGUAGUCAUCACUCCUGUGAUAGCUGUUGUUAAAUUUUACAUCAUUUUACUGCCCUCAUUUUGGCCAAGGCCUAUCUUUUGACUGUUGUUUACUUUGUAGAGCUUCUGAACAAACUGUUGAUUGACUUGUGUUUAUCAUGCAUAUUUAUUUCAGGGUUUUUAACAUUUACCGUACAUAAACCAAUAAGAACCGUAUGUAUAUUCACUUCUUGUUCAAAUGUUUAAGUUGUUGGUUUUAUUUUUGGAUACAUUAACAAAGAAUUUCAAGCAUAAAUAGAUUUUGAGAAACUGAAACGCCCUUGUUUUCAUACAUUGAAACCGAUGAAAAUAUGAAACUAUUUAUUCUAUGCUUUCUAGUAGCUUACUGAGCAGUUGCCUAAUUCCGGAUUUGCCUAAAUAUUCGGAAAUCGUUUAAAAAGCGUUUCGGCGACCGUGAUCAAUAUAUAAUGAUCACAGUCUACGCAACUGACCUCCAUAGCAACAGAAACAACACAAAAGUGCAGCUAUUCGAGUAUAACCCCAAAAUAAAUACCUCUAAACUUUCGCUUUCCCAAAUGUCAAUAUUUAGUCACGUGGGGGAUGACGUCACACAGCGCGAGCUUUUAUAUUGAGGUUCGACAGGGUUAUCUUUAAACACUAGACCUACUAUACAAUGUUUAUUACUUAUCGUCUAUAACGAAAUACAAUCCCAAUUACGUAUAAAGUUAAUAAAUUGACGAUGUCAUUGUUUUGUGUUGUGCAGCAUUUUAUAUGAAAACGAAGCAAAAAUGAAGCAGAUUCGUUCUUUCAAAAUUUGGCAAAUUCGGACAAAUUAGUUGUAUAUUGACUUGAUGAUGUUUACUUUGUUCUUUGAAAAAAUCCGAAUAUUUAGGCACUGAAUGCAGGUUUUUGGAUGUCGUUUAUGCCCUUAUUUCGUACUGAAUAUUAUAUUAUAAUUAAUUGUUUUUUUCUUUUAUUCUUUUUCUAUUUUGGUUGAAAUAGGACUCAACAUUCUUCUAUUAAAAUUUCAUGCACUUAAUGUUCAGUAAUUAUGACAAUAUUUUAAGAAAACUUCAAAAUUGAUCCGGAAUUAGGCAACUGCCCAGUAUAGAGAUUUAUCAGUGAAACAAAAAAUGAUACUUCACUGUCUAACUGUGAAAAUGUCAAUUUGAUAUUUCAUUUUUUUGUGUUUUGGCAAUGUGCUAACAUCAGGAUUGAAAAUUAGUCUAAACUGAUUGGGCAAAUUCGAGAAAUAUUCAAUUAUGUUAUCCAAAUCGUUCGUUCAUUAAAAUAUUUUUUUAAAAAUGUACUAAACUAUGAAUGACAUGUAAGCAAACAUAAUGUUGUAUUUUUGUUAUUAUGAAGUGUUUUUUCAAUGAUUAUAAGUAGUGUUUUAGCUCAACACAACAUGAUUUACCGGGUAUGCUGUUUUUUCCCAUAUUUUUCUGUUUUUCCGUUUAUAGAGGAUAUAACCACAUAUUGAUUUUGAAAUUAUGCAAUCGAUCAUCGGGAACCUCUGUCGUAGCCGAUUGAGAUUUUACAAUAAUCACUUGUUUUAUUAAGUUUGUAUUAGAUAAAUGAAACAUGUUAAAUUGUUUGUUUGCCUUUUGUAUCAAAACAAAUGUAUUGCAUUUAGAAUAAUAACGUGUAUUUUCGUUACAUUUAAAAGUUGUUGAAGUGUAGUGGAAAAGUAUGUGUUUCAUGAAACCAGACUUGUAUUCCCCAUUAUUAAAAUAAAUGUCAGAUAGGUGCUUUAAUAUAAUGCUUGUAAUUCCUGUUAACAUUAAACAUUUUUAGCAAAAGUUAUUAUUUGUCAAUCUAUGACAGAAACCCUAUAAUAUAACCAUUACAUCAUUAUGUAAUUAAUAUGUAUUUAGUGUUAUUGUUAUUCUUUCUUUCUAACUGUCACUGUUUUAAUUUUUCUUGAAAGGGGUACCAAUUGCCUUAUAUAUUUGUAGCAUUAUACUAUGUUUAGUCGUAGUCAAAUUCUUACUAUCACCGGGUGAUACUAGUUUUCACGCAAACUUCCGCCAUACCAAAUUGUUCCUAUGUUUAGCAUUCAGAAUCAAAUUCAAAACCUUCUUACCUGGCAUGAAACUCAGACAAAUCACAUACCUGCUGGUGCAUUUUCAUUAUAGAUUAUGGCUCGGCAGAAAUGUCUAUUUUAGUCUUCCAAAUUAGACUCCAUCUUGGAAUCCACACUCUUUUUGCGCUGAAAUUGUCUGGCCUUUUAAGCUCUUUCUUCAUUUCUUAAGCUUGGAUACCCAUUUAAAAACAGUAAGGUUUCGAAAAGCCAUAACAACCUACACAUUAUCUACAUCUGUUGUUUUUUUCUAAUGCGCUUUUACCAAGUAAGCUGCGAAUCUUGCAAUUUGCUCUUUGUUCUUCUCAAUUAUUUUUGGCACAUCGUGACAUAUUACAGUCCAUAUGAAAUGGUAUUUUGCUUUUAAUAUCUCAUUAAACUACAGUGGAACCCAGUUGACUCAAACUCCCAGGGACCUAUGAAAAUACCUCGAGCCUCUGGGAAAGACGAGCCAAGCAGGAAUGCUUACCUUCAGUAGAAAGGAAUCUUACCUUUACAUCCAGUUUGAGCCAAAGAGGAAAUCAAGCCAAUUAAGUUCGAGCCAAAGGGAUUCAAUUGUUCUUGUGCAUAAAGAAAAGGUGUUAAAAUUGGAUAGACUUAUAGGUAAAUCAAAACUCUUUCCUGUGUGAGAAGAUGCACAAGGAAACCAUGAUUAAACAGUUAUGAUGUUUCUACUAAUUAAAGGAUCCUGAAAGUAUUUAUUUCAUGAGUAUUCUUAUAGUAUUGAACAUUCUAAUACCGUAUUAUAUCAUGCAUAGGACGCACUUUUUUACCCCCAAUUCUCGUCUUAAAAAUUGCCUGCGUCCUUUCUAUGCUAUUAGAAUUUCAUGUUUUUUUCCAAGUCCAUUUCUGGUCGAAAAUAUCGGACCGGGGAAGAACGCGGUAAUAGUAAGUAUCUGUACUGCGUCACCGAAGAGAACAACUAACAUAGGUAAAAUCACGCAAGUUAACACACGCAUAAAUAUAUUGAAUGUUUACUUUAAAAUGAUUUAUUGAGAAAUAAAUUGAAAAAAAAAACAUAAGUGUUUACUUUUUUAUAAAAGGGACGCUACUCACAAAAACUCGAUGUGAGUGCACUUUAACUGGAUUGAGUUAUAACGGCAACGGAAAUCGGGAAAGGAGGUAAAUAUCAAUUAAUCGUUGUUUAUGAUUUUAAUGUUUCGAUAUUUUACAAAACAUUUUGUUGUAUGUUACUGUUUUAAAAAAUUGAUAAAUGAAUGUGCAUAACGCAAAGUAGCAUUAGUGUCACUAUCAAAUCUUUUCAAAUGUGCGAAGGUGUGAAAAACACCGGCUGUCUGUUAUUAGAAAAACAUCAAUAGAACAAACUAUUGUGAUGGUAAUACCUUAUGGUUGUUUGUUCGCACUUUACCCGAUGUGCCUUCCGCUGGCAAGAUUAAUUACUGACACUUAAUUAUGCCGACAUGCUUUAAUCCGCACAGCGACAAGCCUUAUCAAAACAAUCAUCAGUUUUGACAAUACACAGUUUUGUUGCGAUUGCAACGGUUGCAACUGUUGACUGUCAUUCAGAAGGCAUGUCGAGACUAUUGCAACGGUUGCAACGGUUGACUGUCAGUCGGGACUAUUACGGCAUUUGUAUAAGUCUUAUAAUAUGCGUAAAUGUUCUCAAAAUGUCAAGACAUAUACCAUUGUUGUGUAGCUAAAUUACCAAAAUACGACAAUAAUUAUCGAAAUACACAAGACAGUUACCAAAAUAUGCCUUAUAUACAAUUUUUGUUUUAGUUUUUUUACUUCAAUAUAUAUGUUAUAAAUACUUGACCAUCCUCAAUUUUUCGGCUCCGAUUUUGACAUUUUUCCGCUGCGUCCUAUCUUAUAUAUUAAGGGUUUUUACCCGUUUUCUCAACUAUUUUCUUGCCUGCGUCCUAUCUAUGCUAGCGUCCUAUACAUGAUAUAAUACGGUAGUAUUAAACAUUCAUCAGAAUGUAUUUCAAAUAUUCCUCUGAAUGGGCAUUACAUUUACAAGUGCAGAUUUAAUCCACAUUUUGACAUAAUUUCAAUGUAUAUUAUUCUCUAUGUGUACGUUUGUGUGUUUAUUGAAAGAAAACAAAAAUGAGGCACUGUCAUAGCCUUUGUGUCUUCUUCAAGGAAAAAAUAACAUUGGCCAUUAUGACAUUGGUCAUUAGGGGAACCUUCAAGAUAUUCACACGAAAUCUUGAACACGUGUUACCAGCGACAAUAGCCAUAUGGUGUAGCUAGCAAGGCCCAUAACUCUGGAUCCCGCUUCAAUAAGAUAUCUUUUAUGAUAAUUGUAAAUCUGCUUACUGCUUAAGAGUGCUUAGGUACACCAGUAAAGUUACAUGCGGAAUCUAUGCGAUUUAUAUUCUUACAACAUUUUUAUUCAAACACAGUUUCUGCCAAAACUGAGGUUAUGGCUGGAAAUUUGAACUUGACCCUUAUGAUCUUAUUGAAAUGGGGCCCUGACUUUUAUCAUUCUGAAGUUAUGCCCAUGAUCCAUUGAGAAAAACAGAUUAGCAUCAGCAACCAUUUGUGGUACUAUUUGUUUUGUAAUAAAAUUUACAGCUUAUAUAUAAUGCAUCACCAAGUAAAUAGGUUUGAGAAAAGUUUCUGUUUGAAUAAGUGUUUAGCCUUAGUACCUUUCUAUGGUUCAACCCCAUUUGAGGCAGGCAUACCCAGAGGAUUUAGCAAAACUUCUAAUUUUGUGGUUCAAAUCUAUCCCCUGGAGCGGGGAAACUUGUCAAAAUCAGAUGUCAGUUUCAGGUAUCAAAAACCCUUUGAAAAAGAAACCUGGCCAAGUUUAUUUCUUUGGUGGCGGUCUCUUUGGGCCUGUCAAAAUCACUUCUGUCAGAGACAACCAGUUGUUUAAAGUUGCCUCAAGCAUGCCACCCCAUUGAGGAAAACUUAGGUAGAUGCAUAAGAUUGCAUUAACCACAAAUACAUACAAACCUUGCUGUAGUAUGUUUAUUCAAUGUGUGACAAUGUUCAAAUAUGUAUGCUCCUAUUUUUAUACACAUGCGAAUAUAAAGCAAAUUAUUCACCAUUUAGUGUGAGAUAUAAUGCCUUAGUAUACUGUUAUGUAUAUGUACCUUAGUAUUAAUGCAUAAUUUAUUAUUUUAUAACUUAAGUAUUUUUCUUGCUUUUUUUCAAAAAUAUAUGUUUCAUGCCUGUUAUCUUGUUGGUGUGUAAGAAGAAAAAGUAUAGGUAUUGUCAAAGUGUUGGUGUCAUUGUCGCUGUAGUUGUAGGUGUUGUCUCAGUGUACAAAGAUCUAACUCUUGGCCAUAGCUAAAAAAAAGACAUUAAAAUAUUAGAAAUAAAACUUGGUACAAAUGUUACCAUCAAGGCCCAUAACUCAGGGUAAGAAAUGAACAAACAUACGUGUAAGACUAUUGGAAGACCAGAAUCAACAGAAGAAUUAUGAGAUUGCAUGGAAUUUCUGCAAUUUUGAUUUUUAUGAUUUUGAACAUUUGUCAGUUGUUAAUGUUUCUCAUGUAAAACUAAACUUAUCAUUUUAUCGAGCCAUAGACGAUAAUGUUCAAUAUGGGUGCCUGGUGACCUUGUAUGAUUUUGGUAUCAUUUGAAAGGGUGUUGCUUGAUGACUACUAAUAUGUAAAAUAAGUAUUUACUGAAAUUACGUUGUUUACAAGUUAUGACAUUUAGUCUUUACCAGUAAUUGAACUGAAAUUUGACUGGAAUAUGGUAAUAUCCCAAGUACAAAAAAACUUUUGCAAUAAUUGUUUCGGUACUAUUUUAACAUAUUCUUUCCCCUGUUUGUAAAAUGCUUUCAGAUAAUGCCAAAAUAGCACAGGGUCACUAUGUAACAACAAAUCACAUGAUUGUCCUUAGGAUUCUUUAAGAUGUUAGAAUGUUUUGAAUCAUACAGAUCAACUUAAAUGUUAUGAUAUUCAAUUUUACGUAUUAACCUUAUUUUGUACUUCUUUUUUGAUUAUGUUGUUAUUUCCCAAUGAAUAAAAGCUUUUGUAGUGAA